AUGGACCCCUCCAACCGUGAUGAUCUCCCCCCAGUCCCAUUCGCCUCCUCCAAGGCUGCUUCGUCGCAUCAUUUGAAUUUAAAUCCUCAGUCACUAGCUUCUGCUUCUGUGGCUCCUGCGCCCGUUUCGCCCGCCCUAUCAUCGCCAUCCUUGCUCUCUCCCUCCGAUGCCACCCCGCGUUCAGCCUCGAGAGAUAAUCACCACAACCAGACGGCCCCUAGACGUAUCCCUAGCUCUGGAUCGCUGAGGGACGAGAGUCGCAAGUCAACACCUAGCUUGCAGAAACGCUCUUCAACCGCAUCGUUGCGAUCUGUUCGCAACAGCGCUAGCUCGUCCACCGGUACUCUGUCGCGGCGCUCCUCCUCCAACUUCGCGACCUCCCCCACCACAACAAACAACAUGAUGUCAAAGAAGGCUCCCGUGCAGGAAAUAAUCCCAACUGCUGCGACGAUCGCUGCAGAGCAUUUCCAAAAAGACAUCGACUGGCAUCACUCUGCCGAUCUACAAUCCAGAACCCUUGUCGUGGUCCACGAUGCCUGCUACGGCCAUCGUUUCGCGCGACCCAGGAGUUCUCGCGCUACUCUAGGCUCAAUAGUUGAGAGGCCAGAACGUAUUCGCGCCGGUGUGCUUGGCGUAUCUGCUGCUUACGUCCGUCUGGGGCGCAGACAUGCCGGUGAGCGCUACGCGCCGCAUCCUAGUCUGGACCCUCGCGCCUUGCCUGCGCCCCCGUUUCAGAUCCGUAAGACGGCGCGAUCGUUGGCCCUUACUUCCCCCGCGGUCGCGCACGUGCAUGGAAACAAAUGGAUGGAUGAUCUUCAGACCAUGUGCGAUGCGGCUGAGUCGCGACUUGCACUGAAUGGGAAGGAAUUGGUUCGCCCGCGCAGCGCUGGGAAGGAUGACCAUGCGCCUGAGUUUCAUCAGGGGGAUCUGUACUUGUGCUCUGAGUCUUUGGAUGCUUUUGAGGGUGCCCUAGGUGGUGUAUGUGAGGGAGUGGAUGCCGUCUUUGGUCCCUCGUCUACGAAGCGGGCGUUUGUCUGCAUUCGUCCGCCUGGUCACCAUUGUUCGUCCGGCCAUCCGUCUGGAUUUUGCUGGAUUAACAAUGUCCACGUCGGUAUUUCAUAUGCUGCCAUGACACAUGGCCUAACCCAUGCUGCUAUCCUGGAUUUUGAUUUGCACCACGGUGAUGGUUCGCAGGAAAUCACAUGGGAACAGAACAGUCGGGCUGCGACUGCGCCCAAGAAUGCAGCGCUCUAUAAGAAGACGAGAAUCGGCUAUUUCAGUCUGCACGACAUCAACUCCUACCCGUGCGAGAUGGGUGAUUUUGAGAAAGUGCGCAAUGCAAGCGUGUGCAUCGACAAGGCGCACAGUCAGUCGAUCUGGAAUGUCCAUCUAGACCCUUGGAAGACUGAAUCGGAGUUCUGGGAAUUGUAUGCUACCAAGUACGCUAUUCUACUAGAGAAGGCCCGUGCUUUCCUGCGACUGCACACAGAGCGCCUUGCUAGCACUCCUAACGGACCUAAACCCAAGGCUGCCAUUUUCAUUUCCGCUGGCUUCGAUGCGAGUGAAUGGGAGGGUGCUGGUAUGCAGCGACAUAAGGUGAAUGUUCCUACCGAGUUCUACGCCAAAUUCACUGCAGAUGUCGCGCGCAUGGCUGAGGAAGAUGGGUUGGGAACUGAUGGUCGAGUGAUCAGUGUGCUAGAAGGGGGUUACAGCGAUCGGGCUUUGACGAGUGGAGUUCUCAGCCACCUUUCAGGAUUGAGUGAUGCGACGGCUAGCGUGACGGAAGAUCAACAGAUUGAUCAUCUCGCAUCCGAGAUGACCGAUCGCCUAGAUCUACAAGACGUACCUCAGGAGUUGGGGAUCAAUGCUCAAAAGAUCCAGACAAGUUCUUACGACCCUACCUGGUGGUCAUCAUCCUUGCUCGAAGAGCUAGAAGCCUGGGUUUACCCUACGCCGGCUGUGAAAAGUAAUGGGAAAAUCCCGACGUAUCUUGCGUCGACGCAAUCGUUUACUGCCAAAGUUGUGCCAUCAGCCCGAGAUCGAAUGUCAGUCGGUGGCUAUGUCACCUGUGAACCAGAGCUACCCCCACUGCCUGAAGUUGGGUGGGCUACUGCAACGCACGAGCUAUCCAAGAUCCUGAUCCCGAGUGACCGGCAAACGAUGAGCUGUCGACCGGAGGACCUUAAUGCUGAAGCGUCGCGCAUACGCCGGGAACGUCAAGCAGCUGCGGAGGGUAUUCCAAUAGCUCCAGCUGCUCCGGCUGCUCCGGCUGAGCCAGUCGCGCGUGAAGCCAGUCGGAUGCAGCUCCGUGUGCGAAAGCCUAAGCAGUCUCUACCAAGCACACCCAAAACCGAAUUCACCCCGAAACGCCAGGCGGUCAAGGGGACUCGACGGACCACCAUCGACCCAGCUAGUGAUCUGAUCCCGUCUCUGGAUAACUCGCCAGCUACUCGCAUGGAUCGCAGGAAGAGUGCUGCCUCCGCUACGGACAAACCUGACGAUGGGAGAGCGCCAUCGUGUGCGACAACUACUCAAUCACGUCCUGGUACUGCGGCAAGCAACCGGUCUACAACUUCCCGGAGGACCAGCACCAGCCGUGGAACUACUCCAAAGUGUUCUACAAGCCCUCCCCAAAACGUUCCCCCAGUGCCUCAGGUUCCAUCCGGGUUGCUGCCAACAGCAUCAAGCGAAACCCCACUCCCAGCAGGCGCGGAAAACACCCGACCCGACGAUAUGGACAGUCUCACGGCCGGCGUGCGAAAACUCAAUAUCAAGCUAAAGGUCCCCUCUCCAGAGGAAAACGCCGCACGAGAAAAGAAAGCAGCAGAGGAACGCAAAAAGGCGGCCAAGGCCUCUCGAUCUCAAAAGUCCAGCAGCGCUCUCAAAUCAUCCACUAUCAAGCACCCUGGCUUCUCUGCAUCAGCGCCACCGUCUACAGCAUCCCCACUCGAAACGAAACAAGAAACCAGAGGUCCCUCGCCCGAUAUGGCUUCAAUUCCCAGCACUGUCACAGUCGGCAGACCAGGUUCGCGAAAGACCUCAGCGCGGUCCUCCUUCGCUGCAACCGCAACCACAACAAGCACUACUCCCCCGCUUACCCCCGCAUCUGCAUCCACAGCCACAACGCAGGAUACCUUCAACCCGCGGCAGCAGUCGCUGGUUUCGCCCACUGCGUCAAUUGUGCAAUCCAAAUACGGACUUCCUACAUUCACGUCCAAUGAUGCGAUUCCAUUUGCUUCUGCAUCUGGAAAUCCGACCCCGUUUGGGAGUCGUCCGUCUACUGGAUUUAGCCAUGCGGUUCCGGACGAGUCGACUGGGGAUGGGUCUUAUGUUAAUGUCGGUUAUGAUGGACAGGUUGAUGUAUAUGCCCGUCGGGAGUAG